UCGCAAUGCUCGUCGCAAGAAAGACUUCUAGCAGUGCAGACGGCGUACGAGUCUGCUCGUCCGCCUUGCCCGCACUGUCACCAGCAUCAGAACUCGCUCAACAGCUCGCAAGGGAGCGGUAUGAACAACUGGGCGUCGUUAUCGGACAGCGGGGGCAGUGGGCACGCGCAGGUGCGCGCGCCCUCGCCGCAGAGCCCCGCGAGGCGCGUACGCAGCAGAAGUCUCAGUUCUCCGUCCCGCUCCCCCGGCGGCGCGGGUUCCAGCACGGAGGGGUCCAAAGACGACGCUGUAUCGGCCAUGUCUUCGCUAUUCGCUGCUCGGUUUCCUGCUGCGCAGAAAGCUAUGGAUGACAAAUUAAGAUCUCUGAUAGAAGAACUGACUGAGCUAGAUAAGAAACCAGAUCGACCACCGAUCGAGAGAUUUGUACAGCGACAAGUUUUAGAGAUGGCUCGCGAUUGCCUGCACAAAUCUGAAUCGAAACAAGUGACAAGCUCGUAUUUUUAUGACAUGGCCGACAGUUUAGAUCGGUUAUUGGCCGAGACACGAGAAAAAUCAGCAGAUGCCGGAAACCAAGUGGCACCGCUAGUGAAUAGACUGACUCUGGCAAUGGCGCGACCAGCGCGAUUACUAGAAUGUCUAGAGUUUGACCCCGAGCGGUUCUACCGGAUGCUCGAGGCUGCUGAAGGACAUGCUAAACAUUUCCAGGGUAUAACAUCGGACAUCCCGCAGUAUAUUAUCCACAAACUAGGACUGUCCAAAGAUCCACUGGCUGAGUUGCAAGUGCCCCCGCCGCCGCCUCCGCCACCGCCACAAAACUCGUCGCCUUCUAAAUCUCGCGGCCGCCAGUCCCCACCAGGUCACGGCACGAACGGAGCUCCGCCAACAGAAAACGAUUACCAAGUCAUAAAGCUCAUUUCCAACGGCGCUUACGGCGCUGUAUACUUGGUGAAGCACAAACAGACCCGGCAAAGGUAUGCGAUGAAAAAGAUCAGCAAGAACAAUCUUAUAUUGAGGAAUCAAGUGGAACAGGCUUUCGCGGAAAGGGACAUACUCAGUUUCGCUGACAAUCCCUUUGUG